CAUCCCACAAUCCUUUUGUCUAAACCGGAAGACAAUGGCACCACGUGUGGACUGCGAAAAAGAAACUAUUUCCGGAGUGACUUCGAUUCACCAAAAUGAAUCCACUGACCAAAGUGAAGCUGAUCAAUGAACUGAAUGAAAGAGAAGCUCAGCUGGGCAUCAAAGAGACUGUGUCCUGGCAUUCAGUCUAUAAAAACAGCGCCUGGGUCUUCAUCGGUGGAUUUCCAUAUGAGCUGACAGAAGGAGACAUCAUCUGUGUUUUCUCUCAGUAUGGAGAGAUUGCCAACAUCAACUUGGUUCGAGAUAAAAAGACUGGCAAAUCCAAAGGAUUCUGUUUCCUGUGCUAUGAAGAUCAGAGGAGCACUAUUCUGGCUGUCGAUAACUUUAACGGAAUCAAGAUUAAGGGCCGGACCAUACGUGUGGACCACGUAGCGAAUUAUCGACCACCGAAGGACACUGAUGACAUUGAUGACAUCACUAAACAAUUACGCGAGGAGGGAUGUGCUCCUAAACCAGUUUCAUCCUCUGAGGAAGAGUCUGCGGAAGAGUACGCUGUACCUGUGAAGAAGCCUAAAAAAGAUAAAAAGGAGAAGAAGAAAAAGAAGAAGGAGAAGAAAGAGAAGAAAAAGGCUCUGAAGGAGGAGAAACGUGAGGGGCGCUCUGAAAGCUCUGCAUCUUCUCCUAUCAGAGUAAAGAAGGAGAAGGAGGAUGUGGCGUAUGAGAAAUACAGCGUGAAAGGACCUGCGGCUAAUAGAAGAGACAGAGCAGAUGAGCAGGAGCAGUUAAAAGAGAAGGAAAGAGAGAGAGAAGAGGGCAAGAAGACAGACAGAAGACAUGCAGAAACACAGCAGAGAGAAAGAGACAGAGAAGGAGAGAGAGAGGGGGACAAAGAACGAGAGAGAGACAGAGGAAGACAGAGAGACGGGGAAAGACAACGAGAGAGAGAUGGAGGAAGACAGAGAGAUGGGGAAAGAGACCGAGAACGAGAGAGGGACGGAGGAAGACAGAGAGAUGGGGAAAGACAACGAGAGAGAGAUGGAGGAAGACAGAGAGAUGGGGAAAGAGACAGAGAACGAGAGAGAGACGGAGGAAGACAGAGAGAUGGGGAUAGAGACCGAGAACAAGAGAGAGACGGAGGAAGACAGAGAGAUGUGGAAAGAGACCGAGAACGAGAGAGAGACGGAGGAAGACAGAGAGAUGGGGAUAGAGACCAAGAACAAGAGAGAGACGGAGGAAGACAGAGAGAUGUGGAGAAAGUCAAAGAACGAGAGAGAGAUGGAGGAAGACAGAGAGAUGGGGAGAGAGACAGAGAACGAGAGAGAGACGGAGGAAGACAGAGAGAUGAGGAGAGAGUCCGACAACGAGAGAGAGACAGGGACAGAGAGAGAGACAGAGGUAAUGGCAAACACAGAGAUCACAGUCGUGAAAGAGAACACAGGCGAAACUGAUCAAACUCAGUAGUUUACAUUUUCUUUUGAUGUAAAAAAUAUUCAUGUUUUUAUUGUAUUGUACUACAAAAAUGUAAAUAAAUGUUUCACACUUUUUUUAAGUCUUUCUGGAAUAAUUGACUAAUGGCCACUCAAUGUUAAAUUACACACAUUUUAUUUGACUAAUAAAUAGAUUUCAUUUUAAGUUAGCACAAAUACUGUAACAAGAAUAAAAUAGAAUAAAUGUCCUGAUGAACUCCAAA